CUCAGCACACUCCACACUCACAGGUGCUGCCAUGGCAAUCAUGGAGGACCAGCCGGAAUCGAUUCCCCUGACCAACGCCAUCCCGGAUGUGGCGCCACUCGGCCAUACGUAUGAUGAAGCCCUGAAGGAAGCUGGCUUUGGUCGAGCACAGAUGUGGAUGACAUUGGUGUGCGGAUUUUCGGUGAUGGCCGCGGCAAACGAAUCCAUGGGAAUGGGAAUCAUUUUACCGGCGUGUCAGUGCGAUCUGGACUUGGAUGUGUCACGCAAGGGAAUUAUCAGUGGAGCUGUAUUCUUGGGAAUCAUGAUCUCUACGUACUACUGGGGCUACCAGACGGAUAUCCGCGGUCGCAAGGGUGUCCUGAAGAUAACCCUUCUGACCACUGUGGCUUGUUCGUUCCCUGCCGCGUUCGUCAGCAACUUCCAUCUGUUGGUUGUACUGCGCUUUUUGGUCGGACUGUUUGUGGCGGCCAGCUCCUCAUCGGCGAUUAUCUACUUGGGUGAGUUCUGUCCGGCUAAUCGAAGAGGGCAAAUGAUCGGUUAUGCAUGUGCCAUCGGAGGACUAGGGUUGGGCUAUAGUGCAGCUUUUGGCUGGUGGAUUUUGUCAUACGAAUGGACGAUUAUCAUCACCGAGUCGUUCUCGAUACGACCCUGGAGGCUGCUCUUCUUGGUUAACACAUUACCUGGAUUAAUAGCUGGCAUUGCGUUUUGCUGGUACCCAGAAACACCGAAAUUUUUGAUAGGUCAGGGGAAGCCCGAAGAGGCUUUGGACGUUCUCCGGUGGGUUCACAAACAGAAUAAAGGUCCUGGUGAACAGUUCAACGUGCAACAGCUUCAAGGUGAUUCGAAUCGUCAAAUACCGAGCAAGCAAGCGCCUGAAGGGAAAACAGGAACCCUGCAGAACCUAUGGAUCCAGAUUUCCCCGUUGAUGAAGUUACCGCAUUCUGUUUAUUUGGCAGCUAGCUGUGUUCAAAAUGUUACUGCUUCCAUGACGUACGGUGGUCUUGGUGUGUGGUUUCCUCAAAUUAUGAACAUUGUGUUCAAAUCUGAGGUAAGGAUAGGAGCUAAGAUAUGCUCUAUAAUACAAACCGAAUCCAUAGCUGUCAAACCCAUUCUCAACGCUACCGAAUCGACAGUAAUCGCAGAGUGCAACGACACAGUGCCACAGGAAGCCUUCAUCUACACUAUCGUCCUGGGGCUCAUGUGCGGUGGCUACAUGCUGCUAAGUUCGAUGAUCCUCAGUAAACUCACCGAAAAAACUAUGAUUUACAUUAACCUGAUCACGGCAGGCUGUGCUGGAAUUGCCCUCCAGUACAUCACCCAUGCCUACGUGGUUGCCGCCUUGUUCUGCGUGGAAAUAGUCGCUGCGUCGAUUUGCAUCGUUCUCGUGCGCUCGAUUCAAGUAGCCAUCUUCCCAACGCAGGUCAAAGCAACCGCCAUAUCGCUAACGAAUCUAGCAGCCCGCUUCGGACAAAUCAUCUCCAACGUGGUCACCGGCAUACUGAUCGUUCAGCAAUGCACCAUUACCCUGUACGUCAUAGCGGCUCUACUGUUUGUAAGUGCAGGGUUGAACGCACUACUUCCCUAAAGGUUCCACUUUCAUCAACCGGAAUGCCCCAAACCCUGUAUUUUUUUCGACCUAAGUACCAUAAUCUACUCCAAUAGGAAAGCGAAAAUGAUGCUCAUUUUAAAUCCGAUUUGCUCAAAAGGUAUCAAUCAGAUUCACUUUCAAGCAGGCGGCCCAGCUCGGAACAACCGUGAAAUAUGGAUGUUUUGACUGACGGACUGGUACUGGCAUGCGCAUAGCUAGAGGAGAAAUCCGCCCAGAGCCAACGGGAAUCGAAUUGUAUGUUUAUACGCUAUUAGUUUAUUUAGAUUUCGCUUUUCUGGUUCUUUAUUUGGGGUGCGCUUUCCGAAGCAUGCGGCUGAUUGAUUGGCUUCCGAAGAUGAUUUUCCAAAUUUAAACUGAAUCGAGAGCAGUCUCGAAUUAAUUUCCGAUAAGUUACGCUCGAUUUGUGUGCGAAAAAGGGAGAACAGACACUCAGAACUUAUGUAGGUUAGGAGGAUGAACCGAAAGCUGAUUGAAACGGUAGUUGGAGUAUAGCUGCGGUGAUUGAAAGGCUCGGUAACUAAUCAAAUUAUGUGCGGCUAGCCUCAAUCCGGGGAAACAGGUUGUCCGGGUUCACUUGCAUCCGCAUUGGUAAUCCAGGGGUGGGAAAAUCUCGCACUAUACACCAUGUGCUUCGCAACAGAAUCAGAAAACCACCCGACCAUAAAAUUAAAUCCCUUUUAAUAGACUUCUAUCGCCCCUGAAGAUCACCCCUUUUCAGCAAUUACUCACUGCAAUGGGUAAAUCCGUGUCGUGUAUGACUUUCAAGUGUCGCACGCCAAUUCGAGGGUGAAAAUUGUAAGUUUUUUUCAUUAAUCCCCGCACUGACUACUUCCGAAACAAACAUUCCAAACAAACAGGGGUGACACUGCUUCGGUACUGCUCUCGAACAUCUGCGCGCCCCCUGCGUUCUGUAUGUCAAGUGUGUCAGUUUGCGGUUCGAGUGUUUCCUUCCUUCCGUCGAGCGACUGAUCGAGUCAUCCGUGAUGGGAUUAUCCGCGAUCGCUGUCAUUGUUCUUUUACUUUUACAUCUGUGUUAGUUCUUUUUAUAUAUAUAUAAACGACCUAUUCUUCCAAGUGUUCUAACUAGACUCCGUCGAUUAUUACCCUCCUUAUGACAGUUUAUGACCCAUUCGGGGUAUCAAAAGGAAGAUAAUCGACCGCCGGCGUCUGCGUCAAAUGGUGCUGUCCAUCAUCAUCAUCAUGCAAACCAGCAUCUUGGUUCAAGGGGACAACAGACACAACAAAGUAGGCUAGUUUUGCUUUUCGCACCAUCGACUGCUUGGAUCGUCAUCGUCACUGUCUUUAACAUGGCAGCUUGGGUUGGAGCGGGUUGGAGUUGCUUGGAAGCGCAUUUUAUUGAUGUUAUCUGCGGUAAGUGGCGAAUAAGCAUGACAUAAAUUAUGGCUAUUUACCGUGCGAUAUGUGUAGACAUGUUUUGAUAAUCUUUUUUUUAUAUUGGCGUUGUAGCUCUUAUGGUGAAGUCCAUAGGCAAACGUCAGACUGUGCGUGAAAUAUGGGGAAAUUCGUACUAUCCUUUCA